GCACCUGCUAUACCGGCCCACUCGUCUUAAUUGCACCAUAUUUACCGGCCCACCCGUCUCCAUUGCACCUGCUAUACCAGCCCACUUGUCUCAAUUGCACCCUAUUCUCCGGCCCCCUCGUCUUCAUUGCACCUUAUGUACCGGCCCACUCGUCUCCAUUGCACCUCAUUUACUGGCCCACUCGUCUCCAUCACACCCCAGUUCCCCGGCCCACUCGUCUAUAUUGCACUCCAUUCCUCCGGCCCACUCAUCUAUCACACACUUGAUUCACUACUACUAUUCAUAAUUUCCUAUAUAGUACAUUGCUAUACUACCAUCUAUACUAUAUACACCCGGCCCAUCUGUUUGCCUUGGACACUCCACCCCCUCGGCCCACUCGUCUAACACGGUACAAUUAUUGCCAUGGGCCGGCACCGGGUGGCCCGUCUCUGUUGGUACAUUGCAGACGAAGCAUUGCUCGCUGAGCUCGGGUACGAGCAGGAGUUCAAGCGUGCAUUCACACCCCUAGAGGUAUUUGGUAUAGCUUUCAGCAUUAUUGGCUUACUGCCCUCGAUCGCUUCUGUUCUGUUUUACGCCGUGCCUAAUGGAGGACCAGCCUCAAUGGUGUGGGGUUGGGCAGUUGCCAGUUUGUUUAUCCUCUGCAUAGGGAUGUCGAUGGCAGAAUUGGGUUCUGCAGCGCCAACAUCAGGAGGCUUAUACUUCUGGACUCACUCCUUGUCAUCUCCGCGGUGUAGAAAUUUGCUUUCCUGGAUUGUUGGGUUGCAAAUCAUGGCAGCAGCAUCCAUUGGCUCGGGCCAGACCUUUACCGCCACAAGUGCGCAGACAUUCGGAGUCUAUGUUGCAAUAGUCCUAUCUCACGCGGUGAUAUGCUGCUUGGGAACUGCUGUGCUGGCCAGACUGCAAACAGUUUAUGUCGUGCUCAAUGUGGGUUUGUGUCUCGCCGUUAUGAUUGGCCUUCCUGCUGCCACCCCGAAGGAGAACAUGAACAUGAACGGCUGGCCAGAUGGCUACGCAUUCAUUCUGAGCUUCCUUGCACCGUCCUGGACGAUUGGCGCCUUUGAUUCGAGUGUACAUAUCAGCGAGGAAUCGUCAAAUGCUGCUACUGCUGUCCCAUGGGCCAUUGUCAGCGCCAUUGGGAUCGCAGGAAUCCUCGGCUGGGCAAUCAACGUCUCUCUUGCAUUCUGCAUGGGCACCGACGUGGACUCCCUUCUCAGCAGCCCGAUUGGACAGCCCCUAGCUCAAAUCUUCUUCGACAGAUUCGGCCAGAACGCGACGCUUGCAUUAUGGUCCAUCGUCGUCCUCGCUCAAUAUAUGAUGGGUUCGAGCAUGGUCCUUGCUUCAUCCCGCCAAACAUUCGCAUUUGCUCGUGAUGGCGCACUACCGUUCUCAUCCUGGCUGUAUCGUAUGAACGGCUUCACCAAGACGCCCGUCAACACCGUUUGGUUCGUCGCCGCCAUCUCGAUCAUCUUCGGCUUGUUGUCCUUCGCGGGCCCGCAAGCUAUCAAUGCUAUCUUCUCUCUUUCCGUGACGGCACUAUACAUCGCAUAUAUCAUACCAAUCGCAGCGCGCUUCGCGUUCAAAAACGAUUUCAAGCCCGGUCCAUUCAAUUUGGGCAUCUUCAGCUUUCCGGUCGCUGUCAUUGCGGUGUCCUACAUGUUCAUCAUGGACAUUGUAUUUUUCUUCCCGACGACGCCACAAACCGAUGUUGCGAACAUGAAUUACACCGUGGUUGUUCUAGGUGGUUUACUCAUGUUGUCUAUCAUGUGGUACUAUUGCCCUGUGUAUGGCGGCGUGCAUUGGUUCACAGGUCCAGUGUCGAAUAUUGAGAUGCUGGGCGAAGAGGAUGUGCGAAGGAUGUUCUACAGUGGGUAA